AUGAGACUCCCACAAUUGAAAAUUCAGUAUAUCGAGCGCUGGCAAAAGCAGCACGGUAAGCGUCUCGACCAUGACGAGCGCGUCCGCAAGCGCCAGGCCCGUGAGGGACACAAGCAGUCGCAGGAUGCCCAGAACCUGCGCGGCCUGCGGGCCAAGCUGUACCAGCAGAAGCGGCAUAAGGAGAAGAUCCAGAUGCGCAAGCGCAUCAAGGCCCAGGAGGAGAAGAACGUCAAGUCCUCUGCGCCCGACGAGCCCUCCAAGACCCCGCUGCCCCAGUACCUGCUCGACCGUUCGCAGGCGACCAACGCCAAAGCCCUGUCCAGCGCCAUCAAGGAUAAGCGGGCUGAGAAGGCGGCUAAGUUCGCUGUGCCCCUGCCCAAGGUGAAGGGUAUCAGUGAGGAGGAGAUGUUCAAGGUCGUCGACACGGGCAAGAAGACGCACAAGAAGUCGUGGAAGCGGAUGAUCACCAAGCCUACUUUCGUGGGCAGCGAUUUCACCCGUCGACCUGUCAAGUACGAGCGCUUCAUCCGUCCUAUGGGUCUGCGUUACAAGAAGGCGAACGUCACACACCCUGAACUCGGCGUCACCGUGCAACUUCCCAUCCUGGGUGUCAAGAAGAACCCCCAGAACCCGCUCUACACUCAGCUCGGUGUCCUGACCAAGGGAACAAUCAUUGAAGUCAACGUGUCCGAGCUGGGUAUCGUCACGACCAGCGGAAAGGUCGUAUGGGGUAAAUACGCUCAGAUCACGAACACACCCGAGAACGACGGGACGGUCAACGCUGUCCUCCUGGUCUAA